AUGUCUGCGACAACCCAUUCCCUCUUACCUUCCAGAGACAUUACUAUUCUUCCUAAGCUUUACCCUCACAUCGGGUCCCAUCUACUCCCACCCGACCUACUCUCAUGUGUCCAAGUCUGCCACCAGUGGUACGACCACUUUAUGCCAACGCUCUGGCACACCAUAGACACCAACAGUACAACCUGGCGUCACAUCUUGGCUCACUACGAUUCUAACCUCUCUGUCGGCAAGCAGGACGAGCAAUGGCUACAGAACAUCUUCAACAAGCACAGCCACCAUAUUCGCCACCUUCAGAUCCACCACCAAGAAAUCUUUCAAGUCGCGAACCUCAGCAAAGGAUGCACCCAGUUGCAGUCCUUGCGAGUGUACGAUAUCGAACCCAACUUGACCUGCAAGGAGAAGGAUGCACAAGGACAGAUUCUGUGGAAUCACUUGCAGGGAUUCAAAGGAUCGUUCCUUUCACCAGAGUUCAAGGGGAUGUUUCAACCUUACCCUGUUGGACUUCGAUCGUUGGUCCAACAAGAGCGGGAAUGGUAUGCGAUCCAGCAUCUGUGGCUCCUUAUUGCCAAGAACGCGGGGCUGAAGGCCCUGUGCUUCUACAACCUCGUGUAUCUUGUUCUCCCCGUCGCUUCAGGCUACUUCCACGACACGGUUGCAGGAUUGUCCCAUCUUGAAGAGUUAGACUGCCACUCUGGCUUCUUCAUCAACUUGGCGACCCUUUUAAGCCGACAGCCUCCAUCGUUGCGUCGUUUGACCUUAACCAACCCAGGUUACCCAGAGCAAUGGGCUAUGCUCCAUGGAUUGGAGUAUCUCAAUCUGGGUUAUAACGUUACAGACCGCACGUUCUUCCUCGCCCUCAAGCACCUACCCAACCUCGACACAUUUGUCGUCGAGUCGAUUUUUUUCCGAUUCGCGCCUAAACAGGGCAACGGAACCAUUCUGGAAACGCCAAGUCGACUCAAGAGAUUGGAGAUAUCGGAGGUCAAGAAGCCCGAGGUGGAGGAUGACGGACUGGCUCAGCGCAUCUUACCAGCACUCCCGCACUUGACCUCCUUCAAGGUAUUCCAACUCUACCCUAUCACUGCCAACGCCCUUUCCGCACACUGUCCAAACCUGGAGAUCCUCGAGCAAGGACAGGAGGAGUACACUGUCCUUCCAGUCCGCGGCGUCCGACCAGCAGUCAACCCUUUGAACGUCUUGCUCCAGACGUGCUCCAAUUUCAAGGAGUUUGUUGGGCUCAAGGUCCAUGUCGAUGCGGAGGAUAUCCUGCGGCAGCGUUGGGCGAGUUGUGAGUCCUUGGAGGUUCUUCCUUGUCAGAUCUCGGGUUUCGGUCGUCUGACAAUGGGCGAGAAGGAGCUCUACGAUGCCAUGCCAAAGUCCAAGCUGCAGAAGGAGCAACACCACAUGCUGUCAGAGGAAGAAAUUCGAGUCGUUGAGAAACUGGAGCGAUCAAGGGAGUUACAGGAAAAAGUCUGCACCCGCCUUGGCGAAUUGACACAUCUCAAAGAACUAGAUCUCGGAUACCUACUUGACAACUCCAACAACCAGAUCGCCACCCAAUACGUCGGCAACUACGGCCAGCCCGCCCAAGAACGAGUAGGUCGUAAUGCCAGCAAUCACGAACCCGUUCAAGAUACCCUCGAGUUGACACUAGAUUCUGGUCUGCGUCAUCUGGCAGGGCUCAAAAACCUGGAGAUGGUGCGCCUCACUUAUAACCACUACUCACCGCCAGUCCAAGCACUCCGGGCUAUCGACCUCUCAACCGAGGUCCGGUUUGCUCGCGUUGUCGACAAGCAAGACGGCGACAGAACCUUUACUGCCAAUGCAGUCGUGGACCAUUUUGGCGAGUUCGAGGAUGUCAAACGAUACACCCACGACGACUGGGAGACCUUACCCCGCUAUCCCGCUGAGAUUCAGUCCGAUGGCACUGAAACAUUGGAGGCAUUCCCUGCAUACACCGAUGACGUACUGUACGUCGCCAAGCAGGGCCUCACUCCUCACACGCUGGGCGUAACCCCUAUCAAGGUCUCUGACGACGGCGGCAUGGAGUCUUUCCCAGAUCCAUCUCGACAAGGAGACUUCUCCAGUCACUCUUUCUACGACUCUGACCCUUACAACUCGAACUACAACACGAUGCACUCCAUGGCCAACAGUUGGACCCUUAACCAGCUGAUCAAGAACGUACGACUCCAGCCGCCUUUCUUUGUCUUGCCGAGGGGGCCCUUGCCGUCAGCUGACAAAAAUGACCUUUCUGCAGUCCAGCUCACAAUGUACCUACUCUGUGUCAACCAUCAUCGCACCGAGUACGAUUCAGUCCCUCACUUUGCUGGUGUACCUGGUGUCGCUGUCAAGAGGCCCGCCGAGUUUCUGGGGAGGUUCUCCGCCACGCUGCUUUGGGGCCUAAAGAUGUUGAAGGUUAGUCUCCGGGACCUGGAAACCGGUUUGGGAGAUGACCAGGCAAGGUACGUUCAGAUCACCACACUGCUGGCGUCUGAGCUAGGCCUCUCAAGUACGGACGAUGUGAAGCAGUUGGUGGACAAGAUGAUCGAAUAUCUCCAGAAGUUGCGACAACAGAAUAGCAACCAAGUUACCAGAACCAGACCUCCUUUGUCCAGACAUGAUAUUGCAGUCCUACCGUCCUACCUAGAGAGACAUCCCGACACGCUGCAAGAUGACAUUGUCCACCGAGGCCUGUUCCAUGCCUGCGAUUCCCAAGGCCGUGAACAGUUGAUGUGUAGAAGCUGUUACCAACUCCUAUAUCCGUUACACAGCGUCCAGUACAUCGUGGAGCACGUCGGUGCUCACGGAGACUACGACGCUCAAAAAGGCAGCAUUACCCUCCGUCCGCAGGAUAGCGAGGGCUUACAACAACUCUGUCUUCUCGAUGCCGCCAUGGUCGGGUGCGUUACGGAGCUCAUUAUCGAUGUGAGCUGGGAUGCUAGCACAGAGGACGUACAGUCGAUCCACGCCCUCGCAGGUCGGCUUGGACUUACCAGUCUGACCAUCGCCACUUCCGCCAUCGCUUCAUCCAACAGCACGUCUGCUCCAUCUUCUCCAUUGUCGUCUUUAUCCGAUCGGUCUUCAGGAUCCCAGCUGGAAAAAAUCAAGGAACUUUCUCAUGCUUUGCUCCAGGGCCUGAAGCAUCUGUGCAUCAGCUCGCAUGUGGCCCUGAAUGCUCCUGCUCUUCUCUUCGAUCUUCGACGGCUGUCACCUCAAAGAAAUGCUCUGGUCGUCACGGUCAAGGAACCCUCCUCGAGGUGCCUCGCUGGACUCUACAACGGCAACACUCAACUAUUAGACCUCAGGACGACUCUAGACCAUGCCAAAAACAUCACCACCACUGGGUACUUCGCGGGAAACCUACAGUCCAUCACCAUUAACGUUCUUGAGUCAUUGCGGAUGGAAUCUCCACACCCUGUGCUUUCACUCCUGACCGAUGGCAUUACGACGAUUCUUCGAAAAAAUCCCAACCUUUCAUUGCUGACCUUAUAUUGCGACGCACGCGAUUUCCGAAUCAUGGAGGCUAUGAUGGAAUCGAUUUAUUCCAAAAUGACGUCCGAUCAAGCACCAGAUUCUCGCCUUUCCAUAUACACCCUUAUCGACAACUCGGAAGACCAUCUCGUUGCAACCUUCAAGCUCCCCAAUAGUCGCGACAACAAGGCGGUUGUAGCUAACGUCACCACUCGCAAAAAUGGAUCCGGUCACGAUGCCUUCCUUGACGAGUAUGGCCUGUUCGUUCGAACAUUGAAUACCAACGACAUGUUCAGAACAAGCGUCAUGGACGCAUUGCAUCGUUCCAUUACGCGCAAACGUUCUUCUCAGUUGAGAAAUGUCACGAUCUCCGUCGGCGAUUUAGACCCAGAAGGAGCUGUGACAUUUUUGAGUAUACUGAAGUCCUCCAACGUAACACUAAAACAACUUGUUCUAGUCGGUUCUCCUGUGGAUUAUCAAGUAUAUAUAACGGUCAUGGACGCAUUGAGGAGCCUAAGUUCCGUCAAAGUGGUUUGUUUCGACGACGGCUCCAAUAUGAGGCAGUGGAUCGACGGCGUGCAGGAUUCUCUCCUUGAGGGCAACUCCUUGACUGUUCUGGACCAAGUUGGCGAUCUUCGCAGGAUCGUCCCUGGACACGAUGACACUAGUUUGGAUUGGCUGAGGAUCCGACAAGCCAGGCAUUUCAGCGAAGGCGCCGCUUCUCAAGACGCAUCGGUGGCAUCUCGACCUCCCAGCAUUUGGUCGCAUGUCGAGGUUCAGCAAGGUUACAAACCCACAGAGGACCAGCAACCACUCCAAGCCCUAGGCAAUCCAAAGUCGACGAUCGAUACUACUGCCCCCGCCACAGACGAAAUCCAUGCAAAGGGGGAAGUUGAGGUCCUUGAGGAUGGGAGCCGCCUUAUACCUUUUAAGAAAGCACCAACUGGUUUGUCCCUGAUCUUGGAGCUGAAUCAGCGUUUUAUCAGCUCGAAAGGAUACCGGAGCGUCGCCGACACCCCCUUGAAACCCCUGUCUCCUGCCAUUACGAGCUCUCUUGUCCCUGCCACCUCGCAACCCCUCUCACCUUCCUCCGCUUUAUCCAACCUUAUGACCCUCCCAGCUGCAUCCAUCGCCCGACCAAUGGCGAUGCUCUCGACAACACUCAACGAUCAAACAUGCACCGUCAAGGAUCUUUCAGCCUCUUCACAUCCAAACAGUGACAACGAAGGUCAGCAUGCACCCCAGAGUGCAACAACCAAUUUAUCCGCGGAGAAGAAAUUGGUGCUUGGCAACAUGUACAUAGACGGCAAGGGGGUUGCACAAGACUUUCAGGCCGCCGAUCAAGGAGACGCAGUCGCUCAGUACAGCAUCGGCGUUAUGUACGACGUAGGCAAAGGUGUUCCUCAGGACUUUGCCAAGGCGAUGGAGUGGUACCUCAAGGCCGCCGAUCAAGGAGACGCAGUCGCUCAGUGCAGCAUCGGCGUUAUAUACGACGAAGGCAAAGGCGUUCCCCAGGACUUUGCCAAGGCGAUGGAGUGGUACCUCAAGGCCGCCGAUCAAGGAGACGCAGUCGCUCAGUGCAGCAUCGGCGUUAUGUACGACGAAGGCAAAGGCGUUCCUCAGGACUUUGCCAAGGCGAUGGAGUGGUACUUCAAGGCCGCCGAUCAAGGAGACGCAGUCGCUCAGUACAGCAUCGGCGUUAUGUACGACGUAGGCAAAGACGUUCCUCAGGACUUUGCCAAGGCGAUGGAGUGGUUCCUCAAGGCCGCCGAUCAAGGAGACGCAGUCGCUCAGUGCAACAUCGGCGUUAUGUACGACGAAGGCAAAGGUGUUCCUCAGGACUUUGCCAAGGCGAUGGAGUGGUACCUCAAGGCCGCCGAUCAAGGAGACGCAGUCGCUCAGUGCAACAUCGGCGUUAUGUACGACGUAGGCAAAGACGUUCCUCAGGACUUUGCCAAGGCGAUGGAGUGGUUCCUCAAGGCCGCCGAUCAAGGAGACGCAGUCGCUCAGUGCAACAUCGGCGUUAUGUACGACAAAGGCAAAGGUGUUCCUCAGGACUUUGCCAAGGCGAUGGAGUGGUUCCUCAAGGCCGCCGAUCAAGGAGACGCAGUCGCUCAGUGCAACAUCGGCGUUAUGUACGACGUAGGCAAAGACGUUCCUCAGGACUUUGCCAAGGCGAUGGAGUGGUUCCUCAAGGCCGCCGAUCAAGGAGACGCAGUCGCUCAGUGCAACAUCGGCGUUAUGUACGACAAAGGCAAAGGUGUUCCUCAGGACUUUGCCAAGGCGAUGGAGUGGUACCUCAAGGCCGCCGAUCAAGGAGACGCAGUCGCUCAGUGCAACAUCGGCGUUAUGUACGACGAAGGCAAAGGCGUUCCCCAGGACUUUGCCAAGGCGAUGGAGUGGUUCCUCAAGGCCGCCAACCAAGGAUUGGCUAUUGCUCAAUUCGACGUCGGCCGACUUUAUAACAACGGUCAAGGUGUUCCCCAGGACUUUACAGAGGCUGCGGGGUGGUUCUCUAAAGCUGCCGACCGAGGACUUGAUGCGGCCAAGAGAAAAUUGGAGGCCAUGAAGAAAAAGGGUGUUGCUGUGAACUAA